AUGUCGGAAGCCACCACUAAAGAUAAGCCAACUAACUUUUCGAUAGAUUCUGAAAUCGUAAAAUCAGAAUCACAAUUGCAUCAGAGUCGUUCCAUCAUUCGAGAAUUUAGUUUGAAUACAUCAAUGCAUGGUAUUUCUGGUAUUUCACGUAGUCAAAGUAUACAUAAUCGUACUUUCUGGUCAAUUGCGAUACUUAUCUUUACUGGUAUGAUGUUUUACUUUAGUAUUCAAGCAAUUCGUGCUUAUUUUAAAUAUCCUACAGAAAUAUCAGUAGAAUUUAUUGAAGAAUGGCCACAAGCUUUUCCAGCAGUUACCAUUUGUAACUAUUCACCACUCCGCUAUGAUCAAUUUAUUAUGCCUUACUUAAACUAUACAAAUACAUUUAAUUUAACAAAUACAAACGAUACAAGUACAUUUUCUGCAUUACAAGCAGAAUAUAUAUCUAAUUUUCUAAAUCAUGAACUCAAUCGAAAUCAAUCUUUACAUCAUCUAUACUAUCCACUCGAGACCAUGUUAAUAAAAUGUGUCUAUAAUGGUGUUAACUGUUCAGUUCAUGAUUUUAUUCGAUUUAUAUCGCCUCGAUAUGGUUUCUGUUACACGUUCAAUGCUCAAACAAAACAUAUUAACAAUGGAAAACUACAUUAUAACAAUGAAAAUGGAAAAAGUGGUCAACUUGAACUGGAUUUAUAUACACAUAGUCAUCAAUAUGUUCCAUAUCUUUCUAAUGGUGUGGGCAUCGUAGCAAUGGUACAUGAAAAUACACAAUUGCCUCUUAUAGAUAGGGCUAGUGCUCAGUUGAGGCCAGGACAAAGACAUAAACUAGGGUAUAUUAAGAUGACGAAUGUUCUCUUACCAGCACCUUAUACAAGUUGUAACAAUAAAGUUUCUCUUGGACUACAAGCAAUGUUCAAUCAAUUUCCACAGGCUCACUAUACCUAUGCACAAGAAUUAUGUUUUAUAGUUGCAAUACAAACCUACACAUAUCAAGAAUGUGGUUGUGUUAGUCCUUUUGAAUGGUCUACUCGUUAUAUUGUUCUUCCAGGUACAACUACAGUUAUUCAUGCAAGUUUGUGUAAUACAUCUGAUACCUGUUAUGCAAAUGCAGCUGAUAGAUUUAGAAGUUUAAGUUCUAUUGCACGAAUCUUUGCUUCAGACUGCAAUCAAGAAUGUUCUAUCAAUAAAUUCCUAAUUAAGUUAUCUUCUAUCGCAGCACCAACUUCGUGGUAUAUAAAUGAUAUUAAAAGUUUUGUUGAAUCAGUAUCGACAAUUUCAUUAUCUUCCAAUUGGUCUACAGUAUGGUCUUCUGAUAUACAAGCCAAUUAUGUUGGUAUUGAUGUUGUAUGUGAAUCAACUCGAGUAGAGACUUAUACACAACAAGCAUCAAUCAGUAUUGUUGAUGUAAUUUCCAAUGUUGGUGGUCAAACAGGUCUUUGGAUGGGUAUCAGUUUUCUUUCAUUGAUGGAAAUUGUUGAAAUGCUUUAUCGACUUCUUCGAUAUCAAUAUCAUCGUAUACGAAGAAGACUACAACAAUGA